AUGGAGGGUCUCCCUCACACCCCUUCUUUUCCUGUGUAUGUGUACUACGACCAGCCCAUAAUGGAGGGUCUCCCUCACACCCCUUCUUUUCCUGUGUAUGUGUACUACGACCAGCCCAUAAUGGAGGGUCUCCCUCACACCCCUUCUUUUCCUGUGUAUGUGUACUACGACCAGCCCAUAAUGGAGGGUCUCCCUCACACCCCUUCUUUUCCUGUGUAUGUGUACUACGACCAGCCCAUAAUGGAGGGUCUCCCUCACACCCCUUCUUUUCCUGUGUAUGUGUACUACGACCAGCCCAUAAUGGAGGGUCUCCCUCACACCCCUUCUUUUCCUGUGUAUGUGUACUACGACCAGCCCAUAAUGGAGGGUCUCCCUCACACCCCUUCUUUUCCUGUGUAUGUGUACUACGACCAGCCCAUAAUGGAGGGUCUCCCUCACACCUCUUCUUUUCCUGUGUAUGUGCCUACUUCCCCUCAACCCCAGUCUAGUGGGGUGGACAACCCCCUAACCACCCCUCUACCCCUGUCUGGUGGGGUGGACAACCCCCUAACCACCCCUCUCCUACAGUCUGGUGGGGUGGACAACCCCCUAACCACCCCUCUACCCCAGUCCCCUCAACCCCAGUCUGGUGGGGUGGACAACCCCCUAACCACCCCUCUACCCCAGUCUGGUGGGGUGGACAACCCCCUAACCACCCCUCUCCUACAGUCUGGUGGGUCUGGUGGGGUGGACAACCCCCUAAUCAGCCCUCUCCCCCAGUCCCCUCAACCCCAGUCUGGUGGGGUGGAUAACCCCCUAACCACCCCUCUACCCCAGUCUGGUGGGGUGGACAACCCCCUCACCACCCCUCUACCCCAGUCUGGUGGGGUGGACAACCCCCUAACCACCCCUCUACCCCAGUCUGGUGGGGUGGACAACCCCCUCACCACCCCUCUACCCCAGUCUGGUGGGGUGGACAACCCCCUAACCACCCCUCUCCUACAGUCUGGUGGGGUGGACAACCCCCUAAUCAGCCCUCUCCCCCAGUCCCCUCUACCCCAGUCUGAUGGGGUGGACAACCCCCUAACCACCCCUCUACCCCAGUCUGGUGGGGUGGACAACCCCCUCACCACCCCUCUACCCCAGUCUGGUGGGGUGGAUAACCCCCUAAUCAGCCCUCUCCCCCAGUCCCCUCUACCCCAGUCUGGUGGGGUGGACAACCCCCUAACCACCCCUCUCCUACAGUCUGGUGGGGUGGACAACCCCCUAACCACCCCUCUCCUACAGUCUGGUAGGGUGGACAACCCUCUAACCACCCCUCUCCUACAGUCUGGUGGGGUGGACAACCCCCUAACCACCCCUCUCCUACAGUCUGGUGGGGUGGACAAUCCCCUAACCACCCCUCUACCCCAGUCUGGUGGGGUGGACAACCCCCUAACCACCCCUCUACCCCAGUCUGGUGGGGUGGACAACCCCCUAACCACCCCUCUCCUACAGUCUGGUGGGGUGGACAACCCCCUAGCCACCCCUCUCCUACAGUCUGGUAGGGUGGACAACCCCCUAAUCAGCCCUCUCCCCCAGUCCCCUGAACCCCAGUCUGGUGGGGUGUGUGUGAGCGGCCUCGUCUAA